AUGUAUACAACGCGCAAACAGGAAUGGAAUAUCUUCCUGCAGAGCCAGAUUACGAAGACAUCUCAGAAGUACCUAGAUAAUUUCAACAAAGACGAAGACCCUCGUACAGAGCUCAAGGCGAUUCCAAAGAAACUACACGGAGUCCUCAAGUAUUCUGGUUUGAUUGAGACAGAAGGUGAAGAGAACGCUGAUAUUGAGGCUGAGAACUCACAAGUGACUGUGAUGAAGACUCCGAAUACAUGGAGUCCUCGUUGA